AUGGCGCCAGGUGCGGUUGUGUUGGUGUGCUGCGCGUGUUUGGUGUCCGUGUGUGCGGCCGACAAGCUGAUCUGUCCUGAAGGGGCGAGUCCCGGGGACGAAGAGUGCACGUACAUUGUGGCUAUCUGUAACGCCCCGGAUAGGCCGACCAAGUGUGAGGAACAACUGGACAGCAUCUGCAUACCCGCCGAGUCGUGGUGUGACGGUGUUGUUGACUGUGUUCGCGGUUCGGAUGAGAAGGAUUGCGGGUCAGGUGGAUGUAUCGACUGUUGGGGAGGGGGGCAGUGCAUCCCGUCCUACCUGUGGUGCAACGGCAGACCAGACUGCCCGGGGGGCUCAGACGAGAAGUUCUGCUCCGAAUGUUCCGCCAACGAAUUUCAGUGUGAGUCCUCGAGCAUCUGCGUGCCGUGGUCUCGCGUGUGUGACGCGGUGAAUGACUGCGGGGACGGCUCGGAUGAGACCUGCGGAGUGAGCGCGGCCGAGGAGCCGUGGUGCCUGCCCGGGGAGUACGCCUGCGGCAGCGGCAUGUGCGUGUCUGACUCCGCCCGCUGCGACGGCGUGGAAGACUGCGACGACGACUCCGACGAGGCGCGCUGUGAGUGCACCAGUGCGGAGUUCCGGUGUGAGACCAGCCUCCAGUGCGUGCCGUCCGCUGCUAUUUGUGACGGCAUCGACGACUGUGGGGACGGCUCGGACGAACUGUUAUGCAUGACCUGUGAGGAGCGGAGGAUGUGGGAGUGUCCCGGCGGUGAGUGUAUCGACCCCAGCUCGGUAUGUGACGGGGACAAGGAUUGUUCUUUACGGGAAGACGAGAGGAACUGCCAGCGACCCUGUAACGACAUGCAGUUCCAGUGUGACGACGGCUCCUGUCUGACCCAGUACCUGGUCUGCGACGAGGUUGCCAACUGCCCGAGCGGAGAGGAAGAGAUCAACUGUACAAUUGGAGGGUGCAAUGCAGCCCGUCAGUUCCGCUGCCCGGACGGCAGCUGCCUGUCUGAGCGCGACUUGUGUAACCGGCGGGAGGACUGCAGCGGAGGGGAGGACGAGAUGGACUGCGGAGACCCUGCUCCCCCUGGAUUCCCAGUGGGCAUGGCGAGUCGCUACAUUCCCGACCAUGCCGUCACCGCCUCAUCGGAGUUGAAGUCGGAGUUCGCGGCGUACCGCGGUCGACUCGGGGGCGACCUCACCGCCACGUCCUGCUGGGCACCGAGGGAGGCCGAGAAUCAGUGGAUUCAGGUUGAUUUCGGCAAGACCACCAAUGUGACCGGCGUGAUCAUCAGUGGCGGCAGCCAGUCCUUCGAGCAUUUCAGCUGGGUGACGUCAUUCACGCUGGCAUUCAGUACGGACGGUGCGAGGUGGGAGCCGUACACGGGCAGGGACGGUGACGUGCAGGUGUUCCCAGGAAACCGAGACCGGCACAGGAAGGUGAGCCGUCCCCUGGACCACCCUGUGACGGCACGGUACAUCCGUCUGUACCCAACAGGCUACCAGGGCUGGGUGGCCCUGAACAUGGAGGUUUACGUCACAAAUGACGAGGACAAUUGGUUGGAGCAGGAAGACUACACAUCACUAGUGGUCUCUGAAUACGACAUGAGCGCGUCCUCGCGGACUGACGGAUCCUACCCGCACCAGGCACGGCUCAACAACGGGCGGGGGCAGCAGCAGGGGGCGGCCUGGUCUCCGGACCCCGCCCUCCGGAGUAUACCAUGGUUGCAGGUUACCCAUGAUGCACUGUACCGAGUGGCCGGCGUCAUCACCCAGGGCGCGUACAACCUGGACCACUGGGUGACGUCAUACAAACUAGAGUUCAGUCCGGACUGCCAAAAAAGGACACCGUACACAAACAGUGAUGACGAAAUGAUUGUUUUCGAAGGUAACACGGACAACCAACGCUAUGUGCGUAACCUCCUGGACAACCCAGUUUUUGCACGUUGCACUCGCUUCCACCCGAUAGCCUACCACAACCAAGUCGCCCUUCGAGUCCAGGUUCUAGUCAUGCAAGGUAAGAAAGUUUUGGCUGAUAGUGUUCAGCACCAAGGACAGGGUGUGCGGAUCAUGCAGUGCUGUGUGCAGGGAGAUGCCAACCCAAGGGGCGACUCUGUUCCUUACUUGGAAGAUGUGUGCCGAGCAAGUACCAGCACGGCAACAAAAAUCGACAGUCAGUUCAACGAAUGUAGGUAUACCCUCGAAGACUUCGAAUCCGGACUGGUGGACCCGGUAGGCGGCUUUGAAUCCGGACCUCUGGCUCCAUCCAACAUCCAAGCAGGACCCGGUCUUUCCGGCGGCUUCGAACAAGUGCCCGGUCUUUCCGGCGGCUUCGAACAAGUGCCCGGUCUUUCCGGCGGCAUCGAACAAGUGCCCGGUCUUUCCGGCGGCAUCGAACAAGUGCCCGGUCUUUCCGGCGGCUUCGAACAAGUACCCGUUCCUUCCGGCGGCAUCGAGCAAGUACCCGUUCCUUCCGGCGGCAUCGAGCAAGUACCCGUAAUUAGGAGAAAGAGAGCGUUGGAAAAGUUCCACGACACCCAAGCUUGUGACGGCAUAAUUGACUGCUCAACGGGAAAAGACGAGGACAACUGCGAGAAAAUGGAAUGUGUGCUGCAGUGUGAGACGGAGUCAGGUGAUCCGUGCAUCCCCGCUAGAUGGAUCUGUGACGACACUGAAGACUGUCUGGGAGGCGAGGACGAACAGGGGUGCAACGACGCGCAAGCAUCCAGGGGUUGUUUUUUCAAGUGCACGCCCAAUGGAUUCUCUCUCUUCAGUGAGAUUUGCGUCCCCCCACACGAGCUAGGAGAUGGGUAUGAGAGUUGCGAGUUGGGAAAAGACGAAGAUCCUAGACAGGUUGAACUGGCGCUGGAGAAAUGGUUCGGCUCCUGUAGCUACGUCUGUGCGUCUGUGUACGGCAAUGCGUCGUGCGUUCCCGACGUCUUCGUCUGUGACGGCCUAACCGACUGUCUGGACGGAGAGGAUGAGCAAAGCUGUUCGGAAGAGACAUGCCUGACGCUCUUCUGUGACCUGCCCGGCGUCCCUGUCCCCGUGUGUGUGCCGGAUAACCUGAUCUGUGACGGCCACGCUGACUGCCGGUCUGCGGAGGAUGAAAAGGUGCCCCGGUGUCGCCCCGACAGCUUGCUCGAUCCCUUCGUUGAUCGGCCACUUGCUGGCAAGCCGGAGCGUGAAGGACCCAUCGCCGGCCUGGAGCCAGAGGAAGGGCCGAGGCUCGGUCAAGAGGAAGGGCCAAGGGUCCACCCAGAGGAAGGGCCGAGGUCCGGUCAAGAGGAAGGGCCGAGGUUCCGCCAAGAGGAAGGGCCGAGGUUCCGCCAGGAGGAAGGGCCGAGGGUCGGUCAAGACGGAACAGCAGAGCCGAGCGGUGGAUCGCCUGAAAAACAGUCAGAGUUCUAUGCAGGGAAUGGUGGGACCGGCGACCGAGCCGCAUUUUGGCUGACAGCUGCAGGUCUGGGCCUUCAAAUCAUCUAUCUUUACUAA